AUGGCGUUUGACGACAAUGGGAGGAGUGCCGGUGCCUUUCAGACAUCAAUCUACGUGGUGCUGGUGAUUUCCUUCGGCACCGUCUUGCAUCCCGAGCUGAAGGCCUUCUACAGACGGGGACAUGGAGAUAUGAAGAACACGGUCUCUGCCAUUGACGCUGCCUUGGCGACCUUCUCCUUGGCGGCUCUGCGGCUUCUUUGCUCAAGCUGUGCCUCCGACGGUCCCAGGCCCAACAUUCCGUUCUGGCAGAAGCUGAGAUGGGCCGCUCCGCCCGGAAUCUUCGUAUUUCUGGUCAUCACACUCUCCACCUGGGCCAACUUCUUGAGCUACAAAGCCCUUGCCAUGCUGGGCCCCUGCGAACUGAUUUUUGUUUGGAUCUUCGCCCGCUUUCUGCAGGAGGAGAGGCAAGUUCCUCUUUGCAGGGAUCUUCCGGCGGUGAUCCUGACGGCCCUUGGGAGCGUUCUCUUCAGCAUCGCAGAAGUCGCCCGGGCCGGUCCCACGAGCACGAGCGCAAGUGCCUGGGCCAUCGUGGCCUCGUUGCUGUGCAGGGCAUGCCAAGCUCUCAUGACCGUUUCCCUGCGGAGCUGCUGCGUCAAUGUGGGUCGGGUGGGCGUUCUGGAGAUCACUCUCCUGAAGCUUCUCGUCACCUCUCUUCUGUGCCUGCCGUAUGCCCUCCUCACGGAGGGAUUGGAGCCGUGGUGGAUACUCGCCGACAAAGAGUUUUGGGCAGACUCGACGUCCGCGUUUUUGCUGCUGGGAAGCAUCUUCAUCACCACUGGCUUUCAGUGGGCCACGGUUGGCACGAACGCCGGUCUCAGGUCGCCUCUGGUCGCUGUGUUGCUGGGCACUUUGCAGCCGCUCACUGCCGUAGCUUUGGUGCUGGCCUUCAGCAACUCGCCCUUCUGCCAGGCGCUGGGCCUGAAGCGGCGGGACUCUCCACUGGAGAUCGCUGGAAUCUGCUGCCUCAUCCUGGGCCUGCUGCUAGGCGGCCUAUGCAGCCUGAGACAGCUCAGAGUCACGUCGGACCUCCGAGACCAGACCCUGGAAUUCCUCGACCACCGAGCUGCCGCUGGCGUCUCGGCCGGGCGCGAGCAUUGA